CCGGAGAGCGCACCGGUAGUGUUGUGGUUGAAUGGAGGGCCCGGUUGUAGUUCACUGUUUGGAAACCUCGGAGAGAACGGACCCUUUCGAGUCAAUUCAGACGGAAAGACAUUGACAUUAAACCCGAACUCUUGGAAUUCAGUGGCGAAUGUGGUUUACUUUGAAUCACCCGUUAGUGUCGGCUUCAGUUAUAAAGAGGACAAGAAGUAUAACAAUACGGAUCAGUCGACAGCAGUUGACAAUCAUUUAGCUCUCGAAGCGUUUUUCAAGAAAUUUCCGGAUCUAAAGAAAAAUCCAUUUUAUAUUUCUGGUGAAAGUUAUGCCGGAAUUUAUAUACCAAUGUUAGCGCAACAGAUAUUCAAAACCAAAUCUACUAUUAAUCUCAAAGGUAUUGCCAUAGGAAAUGGUGAUCUGGGUAUCGCUCCUCUUACCUAUAUGUCUAGUUAUGACUUAAAUCUGGGCCACGGAUUAAUUACUACCGAUUCUUAUGAGAAACUCAUUGAGAAUUGUUGUGAAUGUAAGACCGGAGAGAUUAUGCGUGAAUGCGAUUUCUGGCAUCCCGUCAACGAUACACGAUGUGGAUCAGUUAAAGUGGAAGAGGUGUCGCCUCCCAACCCAUACAACAUGUACGACGAUUGCGGUCCCGACGCCGCAUAUGUUAGGCUUUAUAAUAAACACUACGCAAAACGUCUCAAUAGACCACCGAUUGUCUCAACCAAUGCUAACAAGAAGUGUCCGCACAAUGGAUACGAAGACUACCUAAAUAUACCUGAAGUGCGCAAAGCAUUGCACGUAAGGCCUGAAGACACCCAUCAGUGGAGUGAUUGUGGGGGCAGUUAUUCGGGUUCGCCUACAGAUCAACGCAAAACUUUUGAUCAGUUGUUAAAUGUAUUUAAAAUCGGAAAAAUUGUUGUAUUUAACGGCAAUUUUGAUACGAUGUGCGAUCACAUCGAUAAUCAACGCGGGUGGAAGACAUCUGACGGAACUUUGGCUGGUUUUGCACAGAAAUACGAGAAGAACCUAAGUUUUGUGUUGGUUCGCGGGGCCGGACAUAUGGUCCCACACGACAAACCCGAGUCCGCACUACAGUUACUAAAGAAUGUAAUCGGAAAUGGCUUUUAA